GUGUGAGAGUGGGUGCCUAGCACAGAGGGAAGCACCGCCUCCUCCUCUCCUGGUCUUCCCUCCUCCCCGUUCUCCUUCUCUUCUCCCCACCCCGGAGAAGAGCCGGGCAUUAGAGCCCCCUCCAGUCACUGCUCAGACAGCCGUGGCUGCGUCAGCUGAUUCCUUGCGCUCCAGCCUCUUCUCGCUCUGCUCUCUCAAAGUGGAUUAAAGUCCGCCGCCGCCGCCGCCGUCGCCGCCGCCGCCGCUGUCUCGGAGUUUCUGGGUCAGGAGGAUUAUGAAAGUGAUGUGGGGCUGCUGACAGAGCGCGGCCAACCAGCCAGCCGCAGCCCACGAGCUUCUUCCCAACCUUGAACUUUUUUCUUUAACAAAAAAAAAUUUUUUUUUAAAUUUUCUCCCCCUUCCACACUGGGCAGCCCCCGACCCCAGAAGGACUUUCGGGUCAGGGUGUGUGUGGGGCAAGGGAGCCACAGUCUAGGAUGGCUUCCAAUUUUAAUGACAUAGUAAAACAAGGGUAUGUAAAGAUUAGGAGCAGACGCUUAGGUAUUUAUCAAAGAUGCUGGCUAGUGUUCAAGAAAGCUUCAAGCAAAGGUCCAAAGAGAUUGGAAAAGUUCUCAGAUGAGCGGGCAGCAUAUUUCAGGUGUUACCACAAGGUCACAGAGCUUAACAAUGUUAAGAAUAUAUUACGAUUGCCCAAAAGUACAAAGAAACAUGCUAUUGGGAUUUAUUUCAACGAUGACACCUCCAAGACCUUUGCUUGUGACUCAGAGCUUGAGGCGGAUGAAUGGUGUAAAGUGCUGCAGAUGGAAUGCUUGGGAACUCGUAUCAAUGAUAUCAGCCUUGGAGAGCCUGACCUGUUGGCCACUGGUGUAGAAAGAGAGCAGAGUGAGAGAUUCAAUGUGUAUUUGAUGCCAUCUCCUAACUUAGAUGUACAUGGGGAAUGUACCUUGCAGAUAACAUAUGAGCAUAUCUGUCUUUGGGACAUCCAGAAUCCCAGAGUCAAGCUCAUCUCUUGGCCAUUAAGUGCCCUCCGGCGAUAUGGACGAGAUCCAACUUGGUUCACAUUUGAGGCAGGAAGGAUGUGUGAUACUGGAGAAGGACUUUUUAUCUUUCAAACAAGAGAUGGAGAAGCCAUCUAUCAGAAAGUCCACUCUGCUGCCCUGGCUAUAGCAGAGCAGCAUGAGCGUCUGCUUCAGAGCGUGAAAAAUUCAAUGCUGCAGAUGAAGAUGAGUGAGCGAGCUGUCUCACUCAGCACGAUGGUGCCCCUCCCCCGUAGUGCCUAUUGGCAGCACAUCACUCGGCAGCACAGCACUGGCCAGCUGUACAGCUUACAAGAUGGUUCAAGUCCUCUGAAGCUUCAUCGAACAGAGACUUUCCCUGCCUACUGAUCAGAGCACUGAUAGAGACUACAGUGGUUCUUGGAAAAGCUUGUGAUUUGUCAGCCAAUGGACCAACCUGGAGGAAAAACAAAGCACGGCAACAAAAGAGCAGGGACAAAAAGUGAAAAUGAAAUACUGGCUAAUUUGCUGUGAUUCAGAAGUUCUUCAACCUAUACAUUAUAUAUUUUUUACCUUUGCCAAAAUGAAAUAUGCUGUGUAGAAUCGGAUCCUUGUUUCAGAGUUUACAGCUGGAUGGAAAAUGAGUUAUAUCAUGGGUUGGUUUUGUAUGAUAGAUACUGUGUCCUUUGCAAAUAUCUGUCUUUGUGGAUUGUUGUGACUUUGCUUUCAUCAGUUUUAAUUGUACUACGGUCCAUGCCAAUAAUUAUCUGGCUCUUAUUUCUCGUAUGUUGUGCUCCACAGUUUCUAAAACUGUUGUUCAAGUUAGUUAUUGGGAACCAUACUUUAUUAAAUGACUGGAAAAUCAGUUAUUUGACCUGCUCUUCAUAGAUCAAGCUUUGUUCAGAAAUGACAUUUUCCAAGGACUCUGUCAAGUGGCAUUUAUGGGGUUGCAUUUUUUUAAAGCCUUUACUUGGUUUAGAACAUCUUCAUAAAAGAUUUUAAAAUAAAACAUCAUUAUUCACCCUGAA